AUGCCCUCCUCCGAAGACUUCGAGCCCACCUUCGACAACUUCGACCUCCAGCCGCCAGUCGCCCCGCCACCGCAAGACCCCCAAGAUCCCUGGGGAUUCGGCAAAUCACCGCCCAAGCCGAAGAAAAAGAAGGGCAAGAAGAAUAAUGCGAAACAGAAUAGAGUGGAGGAGGGAGAAGAGUCGUCGUAUCCUAAGAGCAUAACACCAUCUCCGCCCACCGAACAUGGCGUCAAGGUGCCAGCUUCAAUACCACCGCCACCCAGCGCACCUAGCCCUCAGCUAGUCAACAUUGACGAUGAUACUACUGCUGUGGAAGAUGUGGAGCCCUCGCCCGCUCUCAAGCCCGUCAAGGCUUCGCCAUCUGUCUCGCCUAUGGUCAGAUCGCCGAGACCUGCUGUUGCAAGGCCAGUUCCUCCAACAUCGCCACCCAGUAGACCUGUGAGCCUACAUGGAGCACCUCAGUGGGACCGUAACAACAGCUUGGCCAGCUAUCGCCCUACUCCAAACAUCGCCCAGCCGAGUCAACAACGCCGCGAGUCAUUCGCAUCCCCACGCCCGCGGUUUGUUGAGCCUCCUCCACCACACAUGCCCCAGGCGCAUUUCUUUGGCUUGCCAGACUUUGGUCUCAUGGGGCUGGGUCAAAAGCAAGAGCCUGGGAAGCCAGCUGGCUCAGACGGGUACUGCUGCCGCCUGGACAGCUUUGCAGAUUCCGGCGAUGACCCCUCUGCGAAGAAAGCCAAGGAGGCGCUUCUAGUAGGGAGCGAAGGCGGUCUAGAAGUUUUCAGGCUCCUUCAAAACAAGCUUGAGGUCGUCGGCAGGCUUGAAGGCCUGCGAGGAGCUGUGUUGAGUGCUAAGAUCUUGCCACAUGUCGAACGAUUAGACGAAAUGCAAGCUUUACGACCGCUGGUGGCUGUGAUUGUACAUGGCCCAGUGUUGGAUGAUCGCAGAGAUUCCGGACCUGAGGGAGAGGACUAUACUGAUACAGAGGCAGUGGGUCACUUUCAGACGUCUGUUGAGGUCUACUCUCUGCAGGGCCAAAUCCAUGUUGCAACGCUCUAUAGCAGCACACCAGUGCCGAUUGAGCAGCCAACACUCGGUCAGGUCUCAUCUUUACCGGAUCCUGUAGGUGAUUUGACUGUGGACGCGAAGGGCCAGUAUAUCACGAUUACCUCCGGCAAGAGCGGUGAGAUAUUCGUCUUCACUCAAGCCGCGAGGGAUGAAACCAUCGAGACACGAUUUCGAUGUAUUGGAAAGUUUUGGACGUCCAUCCAGAGACCACUUUCAACCGCACCAUCACGGCCUGCAAGCGCUGCAGAUACCACUGCCACUACAGAACAGAGAGACGAACCUCGCACUCCUCUGUACAGCCUAAGCCAACGAUGGCUUGCAAUUGUUCCUCCGUUCUCAUCCUCAAACAUCUCAAUUCAAGGGAUCCCUCUACUCUCAGACGUCAAUCCAAGCCCACCAGGGAUCACCACACACGCUGCACCUCCUCAAUCUGUCGUGUCCUGCGAUGUCGUCGGAACCGAUGUCGAAGGUGCUUGGAGUCGCCUAGGCCGCCAAGCUGCACAAGGACUUGUCAAAUACUCUCAGAAAGGUAUUGAAAUGGGCUUGCAAGGAUGGAAAGAGUUGACGCAUCCGUCUCCUCCAGGUGGAAAAGCAAAUCACGACCGCUCGUCCAGCAGAGAUGAGCUCUUCCCUCCCACCAAAGCACCGACAGAAGAUCCUAGCCGCCUAGCGAAGGAGCCAGCAUUGGUCUCUAUCGUUGAUCUUGAUUGCUUGCUCCACUGGGAAGAGCAGAGGCCGAAGUACCUCUGGCCUCCACUAGCCACCUUUGCAAUCGUCGAUGGCUGCAACUUCUUGUCGCUUUCAUCUACUGGGACUCGUCUGUUGACUAGCAGUCGCAAGGGCGAAGUGUCGACAGUGUGGGAUCUCAAGCAAGUUGCUCACGGCGUACCAAAAAGCCCUUCUACUAUCGACGAGGACCUAGAAAGCACCAGUCCUUGCAUCAGGCAGCUGCAACGCAUUGCGAGAAACAGUCCUUCCACCGUGCUGGAAUGUGCUUGGUCAAGAGACGACGAUGCUUUAGCCCUGCUCACAGCUCAUGGCACUGUGCAUCUACAUGAAGUGGUCACUUGUCCUUCGAAGAAACGCAAGCGAGCGAGUAGUGCAGCGGCACAGGUCGUGGAAAAGGCAGAUGCCACCGUCAGCUUGUCAUCUGGAAUGUCUCCUCCAAGUCAAAAUCAAGGCUUCCUUGGCAGUAUCAAAUCUGGAUGGCAGACUGUCAGCACCCAAGUCAACUCGAUCCGUACUACCAAUCCAGCUUCCGCGUUUGGCCUACCCACGACCUUCGCCGGGUACAGAGAUGCGGCAGCGGCAGCAGGCAACGCUGGUUCUCGUGCUGUGGCCCGCAGCUUGAGUCAAGGGUAUACAGCGGCUAAGGGCGGGGCAAGCGAUUACUGGCAUGCUGACGACAACAAGAUACGACAUACUAAAGAACUGCAAGAACCUUUUGCUAGCAAGUCUAUUCGCUGGGUGAAGAGGAACAACACGACGUCCGUGGUGAUUGCUUGCGGUGGUAGCGUUCAUGUACACCCAGUGCAGCGCGUGACGAGGCGUAAAGGUGAUGCCAUCGUCAGCGGCUUAAAGAAUGAGAAAUACGCACACAAGGCCUUUCCACUCCCGCCAAUAACAACCUGCACAGAGGUGGCAGUCAGCAAGCUAGACUCUUGCACUGGUCAAGGCCCGCAUGGGUUCUGGAGCCUGCGGCAUUCAACACCGCCAGUGACCAAGAACGACCGCAAAUCAAGUCUACGCACGACUGGAGGUCUUCAUCGGCAAGGCAACGACGUGGAGACCAACCCACCAUACUGUCCAUUUCACAUUGACUAUCGAGUCAACAUCUUUGCCUUCGAAGACGCCAACACCAACAGCCAAUACGGUCUUUCAGUCGCACAGGCCGAAGUCCAGAUCCAAGGCCAUGACUUGGAGGACGAGGAGCCCUGGCUGUUCGGCCAAAGUCUCCCGCCGAGCAUGAAGAUCAACGAGCGCGUGCCUGAUGACCUACUACACGAUGAUACUCUCGACCCCGCGAUCGAGGACGAAGAGGAUGAAGAUGAAGACUUCGCCUCACAAAUGGAGAGCAAGCUGACGAUCCAAACCCCCACAAGGAAGAACCAAGGCGGCGAGCAAAUCCGCAUCAACACCCGUCGUAGACAGGGCAAGAGCAAAGGCGGCGGCAAGAAAGCGAUCCAUGCGGAUGAUGGUAUCGAUGAGAUGUGGGAGGGUGAUGAUGGCUUGUUAUGA